CUCCGGGAUGAAGAGUCAUGACUGUCAUGUCUUUAUGCAACGACUACUUCCCUUUGCUUUUGCGGAGCUACUUCCUACAAACGUACAUGAAGCACUUGCAGGCAUUGGAGCAUUUUUCAGGGAUCUGAGCACCCGCACCCUUAAAGUAGAAGUCGUGGAACAGCUUCAAGAGAACAUUCCCAUCUUAUUGUGCAACUUGGAGAAGAUAUUUCCUCCUGGGUUUUUUGACGUAGUGGAGCAUCUAGCUGUCCACCUUCCAUAUGAGGCAUUGCUUCGUGGACCUGUACAUUACGGAUGGAUGUAUCAGUAUGAGCGAGCCAUGAAAUAUUUGAAGGGAAAAGCAAAGAACCUUGCAAAGGUUGAAGGUUCUAUAAUUGCUGGAAGUUUGACGGAAGAAACUUCUCACUUCACAUCGUACUACUUUGCGUCAAAAGUACGUACUCGGAAAAGAGCUCCAAGGAGAUAUGAUGAUGGUGGUGUCGCGCCAACAUACACAGUUGUAACAUAA